AUGAUGAACGGCCGUCAUCUGCCGGCAGGGCAAGGCAUGCCACCGGAUGUGGGCAGGAGGAGGCCUCAUAAUCAAUACCAACAACAUCAGCACCAGCAUCAGCAACAUCAGCAAUAUCCUCCGCAGAUGUAUCAAAACUACAUGCAACCAUAUGGCGCCAAUUACUAUCCCCAAGCUCCUAUGCCUCAGCAAUACCACAAUGCUCCUCUUCCACACCAAUACAAUCCAUAUGCUCCGCCGCCAUAUGUACGAUCUCCCCCUCCGGCUAUGCAGCAGCAUUAUAUGCCUGCGCCAGUUCCUCAGCAGCAACAACCAUAUCCACGACCACAUCAUUCCCCUGUCGUGUCUACUCCAUACCAGGCACCUCCUCCGCAAGCUCCCUCGUCUACCCAGUCGUCUCACACAGUCCCUGUGCCAAUGACACCUCCCACACCACAAACGGCUUUAAGCGUAGCUCCAUCUUCUCCUGCACAAGACGAAUCUCCCCGUGAACCUUUCAGAGCUCCACUCCCUUGGUUAUCGAGACCCGACCUCUCUUGGCCAGCAAGAAAAGCACGAAGAAAGCGUAAAGCUACACCCAAACCUACAGAGUCUGUCACACCAACCCCAGCCGCACAAGAGGGAAGCGGGGAGAAGAAAGUCGAGGAGAAGCUUGAGCAAGCCGAGGACAAAGUCGCACCAGAGAAGGUGGAUGAUAAGCCAGUUGAGUCGCAAAAGGAGAUUCUGGAGGAGGCCGUUCCGCGCCCUGACACCCCAUCUACGAGUCAUCCUGCAUCCGAAGACAACUCAACAAACCCAACAACACCCUCUUCACAGCAAGCAUCAGCUUCUGUGGCUGGAGAAACCACACCAGUUCCAAAGCACAAAGCAAACGGCCCAGUUGUCCCUGCCCUCCCUAAACUCAUCCGCGAAUCCAAGGCAACGCCAGAAAAGAAGGAAGAUGUGCAGCUAGAAGCUUCUCCGGCUGCGGUGGGGGAGAUAUCGGCCGAAGCGACGAAGCCCAUAUCCGAAGGAGACAAGGAAGAGGUCAAGCAGGAAGCACCAGCUCCAGCUCCAAAAGCUUGGUCAACACCAAAGUUAUGGACUGGCCUCUUCAACCCGUCUGCGGCUAAUUCUACUGCACCUCCGAGCGAAUCUGGCUUGGGAAGCACGACUCCAGCAGCGGCCAAAUCAAACGCGGAGUCUCUCGCAGAAGCUUUGCGAUCCUUCAAUGCUGUCACGAAUGACUCGAAGGUUGCAUUCUUGAAGCCUCGUGGCUUGGUCAACACUGGUAACAUGUGCUAUAUGAAUUCGGUUUUACAGGUUCUCAUUUUUUGUACUCCUUUCUUUAGCUUCUUGGACCAAGUCAGCAAGCGGGCCGCGCAUAGCUUCAAGAGCGAUACUCCAUUGAUCGACGCCAUGAUUUUGUUCAAGCAGGAAUAUCCUGUCAUUGACUCAGCUGUCUCAGUUGACCAAUUGAGACGAAGACUAAAGGAUGGUGACCUUGAGCAAUACGGGGACCCAUUCACACCGGACUUCGUUUAUAACGUGAUCAACCGCCUUCCAAGGUUCUCUAGCAUGAGGCGUGGCCACCAGCAAGACGCCGAGGAGUUCUUGGGAUUUCUUCUCGAAGGCCUCCACGACGAAUGCGUCCACGUUAUGCGAAACAGCACUUCUAAUAAUACGUCGGCGAUUGCAACACCCACAAAUGGUCCGUCGUCCCCAACCAGCGAGGCCGGAAGUGUCCAUGGCUCCGUAACAGGAAAAGAAAAUGGAUGGUUGGAAGUUGGGCCUAAGCAGAAGGCAGCUGUUACCCGAUCAUCUGGGACUAUCGCCACUGGAUCACCUCUCACCAAGAUUUUUGGUGGAAAUUUGAGGUCUGAACUGAGAGUUCCAGGGUUGAAAGACUCCGUGACUCUCGAACCCUACCAGCCCCUGCAAUUGGAUAUUGGCGCCCCAAACGUCAAUAACAUCGUCGACGCUCUCAAAGGUCUCACUCGUUCAGAAGUUCUCCAUGGUGACUUCAAGUCUCCCAAGGGGCCAAAUGUCACAGCCACAAAGCAAGUCUUCAUUGAGACCCUCCCACCCGUCUUGAUCCUUCACUUGAAGCGAUUCCAGUAUGACAAUGCUGGUGGAACUCAGAAGAUCUGGAAAAAGGUCGGCUAUCCACUGGAGUUGGAAAUUCCCAAGGAAGUUUUCCCCCGACAACAGCGUGCUGCCUACGCCCACACCGGUCUACCCAAGUACCGCUUGAUUGCUGCCGUCUAUCAUCAUGGCAAGAAUGCUAGUGGAGGCCACUACACUGUUGAUGUGAGGAGGCAAGAUGGGCGGGAAUGGAUCAGACUUGAUGACACUGUCAUUCGUCGGGUCAGAAGUGAGGAGGUUGCUGAGGGUGGGAGUGAAGAAGACCCUAAGGUUCUUGCAGCUGCCUUGGAUGCUCACAAGAAGGAAGUCUCGGGCAAUGGCUUUGCUGCCAUUGAUGGUGCAGAGGAAGAUACGGAUCAAGAUGGGUGGAAGCAGGCAAUUGGAACUGGAAAGAAGUGGUCUGCCGUCGCCAAUGGCACUUCUACGCCCAAGGCUAAGGGUGAGAAGUUCUCAGUCAAGGACAAUAAGGUCGCGUACAUGUUGUUCUACCAGAAGAUCUGA